GGCGCGGGGCGCCCGGGGCGGCGGCAGCGCUCGGUAGGCGCAGCGCGGCGGAGCCGGGCCGAGCCGCGGCCAUGGGGCACCCGCCGCUGGAGUUCAGCGACUGCUACCUGGACAGCCCCGACUUCCGCGAGCGCCUCAAGUGCUACGAGCAGGAGCUGGAGCGAACCAACAAGUUCAUCAAGGAGGUGAUCAAGGACGGCAACGCGCUCAUCGCCGCCAUCCGCGGGUACUCCUCAGCAGUGCAGAAGUUCUCCCAGACUUUGCAGUCCUUCCAGUUCGACUUCAUUGGUGACACCCUAACGGAUGAUGAGAUCAAUAUUGCCGAGUCCUUUAAGGAGUUUGCGGAGUUGCUGCAUGAAGUGGAGCUGGAGAGGUCCAUGAUGGUGCAGAACGCAAGUGAUUUGCUGAUAAAACCUUUGGAAAACUUCCGGAAGGAGCAGAUAGGGUUCACCAAGGAAAGAAAGAAAAAGUUUGAGAAGGAUGGUGAGAAGUUUUACUCUAUGCUGGAUCGCCACUUGCAUUUGUCUUCCAAAAAGAAGGAGUCUCAGUUACAGGAGGCUGACCUUCAGGUGGACAAAGAGAGACACAAUUUCUUUGAGUCCUCCCUCGAGUAUGUGUACCAGAUCCAGGAAGUACAAGAAAGCAAGAAAUUCAGUAUUGUGGAGCCGGUGCUGGCAUUUCUCCAUAGCCUCUUCACUUACAACAACCUGACAGUGGAGCUGACGCAGGAUUUCCUCCCAUACAAGCAGCAGCUCCAGCUCAGCCUGCAGAACACAAGGAAUCACUUUUCCAGCACGCGGGAGGAGCUGGAAGAUCUGAAGAAGAGGAUGAAGGAAGCGCCCCUAACCUGCAAGCUGCCUGGGCAGCCUACCAUCGAGGGCUACCUGUACACUCAGGAGAAAUGGGCACUGGGCAUCUCCUGGGUGAAGUAUUACUGCCAGUACGAGAAAGAGGCAAAAACCUUACGGAUGACGCCCAUAGACCAGAAGCCUGGAGCUAAGCAAGGCACCCUGGACCUGACCCUGAAAUCCUGCGUAAGGAGAAAGACUGACUCCAUAGACAAAAGGUUUUGUUUUGACAUUGAAACUAAUGAAAGGUCCGGGACCAUCACGCUGCAGGCGCUCUCAGAAGCCAACCGAAGGCUGUGGAUGGAGGCCAUGGACGGGAAGGAGCCGAUUUAUCACAGUCCCAUCACGAAGCAGGAAGAAAUGGAGCUGAACGAGGUCGGCUUCAAGUUUGUUCGGAAGUGCAUCAAUGCAGUGGAGACCAAAGGAAUCACUACGGAGGGCGUGUACCGGACCGUUGGCAGCAAUAUCCAGGUGCAGAAGUUGCUGAAUGCCUUUUUUGAUCCCAAAUGCCCCGGGGAUGUGGAUCUCCAGAGUGGGGAUUGGGACAUCAAGACCAUUACCAGCUCACUGAAGUUCUAUCUCAGGAACCUGUCUGAACCCGUCAUGACGUACAAGCUCCACAAAGAGCUGGUCCUGGCUGCCAAGUCCGAGAACCUGGACUACAGGCUGGGAGCCAUUCAUGCACUGGUCUAUAAACUGCCUGACAAGAACAGGGAGAUGUUAGAACUCCUCAUCCAGCACCUCGUCAACGUCUGUGAGCACAGCCGGGAGAAUCUGAUGUCACCGUCCAACAUGGGGGUGAUCUUCGGGCCCACCCUCAUGCGAGCACAGGAGGACACUGUGGCAGCGAUGAUGAACAUCAAGUUCCAAAACAUCGUGGUCGAGAUCCUGAUCGAGCACUUUGGGAAGAUCUACUCUGGCCCCCCAGAGGACACCACAGCCCCCCCGGUGCCCCCACCCAGGGUGGCUGCCCGGCGGCACAAACCCAUCACCAUCUCCAAGCGUCCCCUGAGGGAAAGACCUGUCUUCUUCGAAGCCUCUGUGGAGGAGAGUGGAGCAGAGCGGCUCGGCCAGACCCCCAACGGCGGCGGCGUGGAGGCCCCCAAGCCCCUGCACCGCAGCCGCCCGCCCGCGCCCCGGCCAGGGGGGGACGAGCCGGGGCGUCCCCCUGCUGAGAGCCGGCCCCAGCCGCGCACCGAGCCCGAGCUGGGGAAGCUGGUGAACAGGCUGCAGGACGGCGGGGCGAAGCCGGGUGGCAGGGCAGCCAACGGGGUGGUGACCAGCCCUGCCCUGAGGACCGCCACGCUGCAGGCCAGGAGACCGGCGCCCCGGCCGGGCAUCUGUGGCAGAGAGGGUGAUUGUGACGGUGUCCCUAAGCCACGUUCCCAUGGUGAUAAGCCCGUGAUAACGCGUCCCCCUGUGAGACCUCCGGAUCCUCCGUGCCGGACUCCCAUCCCUCCAAAGCUGGAGCAGAGGCCAGAUCUGAUAGCAGGGACAGCAGAGGAGAUGCCCUCAUCUGUGGUGGCCUCUAGGACCAAGUUCUUUGAGACAGCUUCCCGAAGAACAGGCAGUUCUUCAUCACCCCAAGGCAGGAUCCCAAGUGAUGAGAGCUGAGGGUAAAGGCUUUGUAAGCACACCUCAGCCCAGCUGGACCCAGGAGACUUUCUGUGCUUGUGACCCAGGAGUCAUACAUAGCUGAGCCUUGCCAGCCCCAGUGUCCUGGAGAGCAGCUAUCUUACUGGACAAUGAUUUCCAAGCCACAAGUGGCUCAAGAAAUUAGGAGAGGGAGACCAUGAUGGUGAGCAGGUCCUGCCCACACAUCUGUGUUGAACUGUUCCCUGCCCUCCCACCUCUCCUCCCUGCAGGCUGUGACAGUGCCCGUGUGCCUGCACAGGUGACGGCAGCAUGGGCAGGGCUGGGGGACACUGACCACCUGCGGAAGGGACAGCGGAGCCCCUGUUCACCUGCUCACUUUCAGAAAACACCUUGAAAAGGGUGUUUGGACAGCACAGGGGCUGAGUCCAUGUGUUUGGAUGCAAGGGCAGAGCAGCUGCAGGCCCCCUUGCCCUGAGAAGCCCCUUUGUGUUUGUGUCCCUCACUUGGUGAGCUGUGCUGUGGUGUCAGUGUGUGGAACAGCCGUGCCUGGGAAUGCUGCCCAUGGUGACGCAGGCUGGGCAGGGGCUGGGGAACCACUGUGCUCAGCUCUGGGAUGUCUCCUCAUCUCCUCCUGGAUGUCCCUGGCCUGGGACACCGCACUGACAGACGUGGCUGGGCCAGGGGCUUGGCCUGAGCCACAGCCGCAGCCUUGCCUGGGGUCAGCUCUCAGGCAGCACCCUCGGGUCAGCAGCCUCCAAGGGUGCAGAUGGGGCAAGGGAGCAGCAGAUGCUCCUCCUCCGCCUCUUCCUCCACUGCCUCUUCUUCCAAUGUGAGCCACACUCACCAGAUCCACUUCUCACAGGCCCACCAACAAGUGUCCAUCCUGGGUGAUUGCGGUGGGCCAGCACAGAGGUGCUGAGCAUCUGAAACUCACUGUUUGUGGGUUUGUUUUUCUAAGAACUGCCCAGUUUCUUGUUUGCUUGUUUAUUCAUUUCCAGUAUGAGAUGUCCAGUCUGUCCCUCAGCUGUGGCCCUGUGGUUAAUGUCCACUGGCCAGGGAGGUGUCCCUGGCCAGGACCUCUGUGCAGCCCUGUAGCAGUAGAGGCCUGUCUGUUGCUCCAGCUGCCGCCGGGUCCCAGCUCCAGGGCUGUGCACAGCAGCAAGCGGCUUCCCUGCUUCCUCCACCCACCCAAAGAUGACUCCCCCAUUUUGAAUGGUUUUCUUUAGGUGCUGAGAGCAUUUCCAAAACAGUGGCCAGACAUUCCACAGCUGCUUCCCGGGUGCUCCGUCCCUCAAGCGCGCUGUGUCCUGCCCGUAGCAGGUCCUUCUCACCUCCUGGCGCUUUGCCUCUGUGCCAUCUCAUGUCUCUUAUUGCUGAAUGUCACACACUGGCACUCACGUGUGUCGUGUCCAUGGUGCUCUCACUCCCUUGACUUCAGCAGCGCCCCAGCUGCUCCCUCCUUUGGACCUGUCACAUGAAAGUGGCUUUAAAACCAAACCAGCCCUGUGCUGUGGCAGUUGAGGCUGUGCCACGUGCACUGGUGGCACCUGGGGCUGUGCUGGGCCCCUCCUGCUGCAGCUCCUCACCAGCAGCAUGAGGACAACACACAGUGGUUCUGAUCAGGGAUCUCUGAACAGGUAGGAUGGAGCUGAAGCUGGAGGGAGCCACUCUGACCAGCCUGGCAGUGGGGCCACCUGCCUGCAGAACAUCAGCCCCUGGCCCUGGUGGGGUGUUGGGCCUGUGGUUCCCACACAAAAGGCCAGCGUUUCCCAACUCUCUUUCCUGCUUUGGGCUGCUGUUUGGGGACCCUUCAAGCCUGUCAGUUUGGGAAGGUCCUUGAGUUACUGCCAAUGUACGUGGCUCUGGCGGCGACAUUCUGCGGGAAGAGUGGCUUGUCACAUCCUCCUCUGGCUCGUGUCCACUGCCCAGCACAGACCCCCAGGACAGAGCCAGGCUCUGUGGGUAGGGAGAAUCCAAGGGUGGUUGGGUUUCAGUCUGACAGCAUGAGCAGUGGGGAGAAGCAGCUUCUUGCAGAUGUAUUUCAUGGUGUACUUUUAAAGUUCUUUGUCACUUGUAUGUCUGUGCCGAUUUUUCCUGCACCUGUGGGUGCAGCUGAACACUGGGGACCAGCAGCUGGAGUGGUGGGGGGUGCUGGUUGUGCUGGCAGGGGGCUGUGGGGUCCAAUCCCUGCUGCCGUGAGGUACAGUCCUUGCUGCUGUGGGGCCCAAUCCCUGCUGCUGUGAGCACUGUCCCUGCUGCCAGUGGCCCAGGAAUGACAGCUGGGAACGCGGGAUCGCCCCGUGCAGCAUGGCAGCCCCCCACCAUCAGCCCCAGAGCCAUUGUGCUGUGUACAAGCUUAGGUUACUGCAAGUGUUUAUAAAGUUUCCAUGAAGUGAAA